AAUCAUUUUCUUGUCAUAACUAAAAUUUAGUUGUCAGAAAAAAAUUUCUUUCUCAGUGCAGCAAUUUUUUUUUUCGUUCUUUUCCUUGUAAUUAAUUUAACAGUUCUGUUUUUUUCCUUAUUACUAUUAAUAUACAUUGUUUAUCUAUUACACAUAAUUACAGCGAUAGUGAACUUGUCAAAGCUCCCCAGCUCUUAUCGUAGGAAUUUGCUCAUUUUUGUUACGUAAAUUAUAUUCAAUAUUAAACGGAAAAAACAUUUGUAAAAGAAAACUAAAACUUAAAUAUGAACUAUACACAUUAUAUUACGUUGUUUUACUGUUUACAAGACAACGACAUGAAUUAUAAAAUAAAAAUAAUUUUUUUCUUGUUCUCUUUGAUCGGUUUAAUAGCAGCCUGGGACUAUAAAGACGUGGACUCGUGGAAAAAAGAAUUUCCACAGUGUGGCGGAAAACAACAAUCUCCCAUAAAUCUUGAUCAAAUAGAUCUAUUCGAUGAUACAGGAGAAAAAUUAAACUUCCAGAGUUAUCAUAUUCGACCUGUGAAAAUGACAUUAUCCAAUAACGGACAUACGUUAGAAUUGAAACCAGAAUGGGAUGACGCAUACGGCCCACCCACUGUCACAGUACAAGGUAUUGAAUAUCAACUUCAAUCAUUACAUUUUCAUUGGGGUCUGAGUGAUGACAGAGGAAGUGAACACAUUUUUGUUAAUGAUUUAAGAACAUCACUGGAAAUGCAUAUUGUUCAUCACAAUCCGGAAUUCGGUGAUUUCGAUAACAAAAAUGGAGAUGCAAUCCUUGUCGUUGGAAUAUUAUUCGAAAUAGGAAAAUAUUCGAAUGCAUUGUGGGAAAUAUUAGAUUAUGCUUACGCAGUUCAAGAGCCAGAAUCUGCAAGUGUUGAAAUAGAACCAUUUCAAAUUUCAGACUUUCUCGAUGAAAAUUCAUUUGAUUAUUAUAUUUCUUAUACUGGAUCUUUAACAACACCGCCAUGCACUGAAGGUGUUACAUGGAUUGUAUUAAUUCCAUCAAUAGAAGUUUCUACCUCACAGAUGGAAAUCUUUCGAUCCAUAAAAUUAAACCAUGAGGAUGAUCACAAUAAUCGUCCUGUUCAACCAAUUAACGAUCGAACGCCGGGAAAAAUAGGUUUCUUGAUCUAUGAACAAAGCUGGUUUGUAAACUGGAAUGCGUGGUUUUUUUUCCUACCUGAAUUCAAAUAAAUUAAAAUAAAUUUUAAAGUGCGUUAAAACAAAAAAUGCCCAAUUUGUCCGAAAAAUUUAUUUCCACGAAUCCAUGUCUACUAUCACUAAUUUAAGUUUAUUUAAUUGCUUCUAAACCAAAAUUUACCAAAGAAAAAAUUUUUUUCAAAGUUAUGUUACAUUUUCUGAGUUAUUUAGUAUAAAAAAUAAAAUGAAAAUUUUGUAAUAAACUUGAC